AUGCCCAAAGCCUUCCAGGAGGUCUACAGAGGGACCAAAAAUGAUGUCAAAGAGAUCCCAAAGACUGCAAAGCCCUUCAUUUCCGAGAUGAUCUUUGUGGAAACCAGCAUCACUGCUAUAAGGAAAGGUGCCUUCAGGUACAUGCCCAACCUGACCAAGAUUUUGUUUAUUGGCAACAAGAUCAGGACAGUUGAACCUGGAGCCUUUGACAGUUUGGAGAAGUUGAGGGAAUUGGAGAUAUCUGGUGCCUCAUUAGAAGAACCAGCUGUGGGCACUUUCCAAAACCUUCCAAGCUUGCAGAGGCUGGAGCUGAGAGACAGCCACCUCACCUACAUCCCCAAAGGCCUGUUUGAUGGGCUAGAAAAUUUGGCAGAGCUCUCCCUGCACAUCAAUGCAAUCCCUUCUCUUCCAGAAGGUAUUUUUGAUUCCCUUGUCAAUCUAACAUUUUUGGACCUGGCUAGAAACAGGAUCACUACUCUUCCUGGGAAGGCCUUUAACAAACUCCCCCGGCUGCAAAUCCUCCGGCUCUAUGAGAAUGAGUUGCAGGAGCUCCCAGAGGGGCUGUUAGACAGUCAGUCAGAACUGCUGGAGCUCAGCCUCCAGAGGAACAGGCUCAGGACACUGCCACCCAUGCUCCUGAGGAGCCUGUCUCACCUGGAGAAACUCCUCUUGGACAACAACCUCAUUGAGGUUCUCCCUCCUUACAGUUUUUUUCAUUUAAACAAGUUGAAACUGCUGACUCUGAGUUCAAACCACAUUAUGGAGCUCCCCUGCUGCCUUUUUGACAUCAUGCCACACCUGUGGGAGCUGGACCUGGGCAGGAACAGUUUGGUCACACUUCCAGAUGGCGUCUUUGUCAAUCUCACAUCUCUUGGCAAACUGAUCUUGUCUCACAACCAGCUAGCAGCCCUACUAACUGGAGCCUUUGCUGGGCUUAGCAAGCUCUCAGACCUCCAACUGGACACAAACCAGCUUUCUGCUCUGGAUAGUGAGGUCUUUGCUUCUCUCCCAAAUCUGAAAACCCUCAACCUUCGGAUGAAUCAGCUGGAGAGUGCCCCUCCAGGGCUCCUGGACCCCCUGAAGAAGCUCAGCUCAGUGUAUCUGAGUGGGAACCCAUGGAGAUGUGACUGCAACCUCUGCUACCUGCACAGCUGGAUCCUGGACAACAGUGGGAAUGCAGCAUAUGGGUUGUCUGGCUUUGCGGAGUCUCGGGGCUUUGGGGAGUCCUGCAAAUGGGUAGUCUGGAUGUGGUUGGCAAAGAGCUGUGGGGAAGUGGCUCAAAAACCUCCGGAUGGGGAGUCCUGA